UGAAACAAUGGCCGCUUUACCGUCUACUUCCUUUUUGUCAUCCUCAGACAUGUCAUCGGUUUUUUCAGACUCUAAUCGCCAUCGAAAUGAUCGCCGUCGCUACAGUAGAAGCGACCGAGACAUCGACUCACUCAAGAUGACAGAAGAAGAGCCAACUCCAGCUUGAGACACUAACGCCGUAGACGCAUGCAUAUUUCUGAUUCUACUCACUCCGAUCUGAUCCCUCCAGUCCGUGGAUUAAACAUGAUAUCAACUAUCUCAUACCAGAAAAUAUCUUUGAAGAGAAAGUAAAGAAGAAGAUGAAGAGAUUGGCUGCUUUGAUAGCCAGCGCCGGAUGUGCUUUUAUGGGUUUAUGUGAUUUUGUGUUGAGCAGAGAAUAUGAGUAGGAGUUUAUAUAGGGUGAAAAACUGAGGGAGUCGGAGCCGCUUCCAUGUCUUACAAUCGAUACAUUCUUCUUGGGAAAGUGAUGGCCUUUUGGUAGAGUGGAGGAUUAGGGUUACGGGAAGGAGGUAGUAGGAGAAUUAAGGUUGGGCCGGAAUGGGGUAAGGUUGGGCCGGAACUUCAAAUUGGUUUGAGAUCCAGCCCGUAGUGACAUGGCAAAAUGAUUGGUGGAAAAUAUUUCUGCCCAUGUAGCACCUUUUAGAAGCUCUUAAAAUAGUCCAUUUUAUAUAGUAGUGAUAGAUAGAUAUCUUUUGAUAAAAAAAAAAGUAUAAUUGAUAUCUCACAUUAUACCCAUGCCUGAAGUUAACACUAACGGCUCCAUAAUGGGCCUGGGCCUCCGAAACUAAUCCACUUUUUACCGGGAUUAUUACUACAUUUAACAUACUCGAAACACCCGCCAACUAAAAUUCGAAACUUACCUCACUUUUUCUCUCUUCCACUUUUUUCCUUCCUUAAAUCCCUUUUACGACAUGCUUCACUAAAAAGUCUACAAAAGACACAUUAUAAAUAUACACAAUAAUAUACAUCUCCCAUCUCUUUGUUUAAACCAAUACAUUAUAUUUUUCUCCUUUCUCCUGCAGAUAUUUUGAAAAUUCAAACUCACACCAAGAAAUGGGUUGUUGCAUCAGCAAAUUCUCUCCUAAAACAGAAGAUUUCAAGCAAGUAGAAGAGCCUCAAGAGAAGUACUGUUACGCUCCAGAGAAGCUGUCCAUGUCUCGUUGCCCAAGUCGAGUUUCUCCGCUUCUUGUUCCGGACAAGAACCGGUUUAACCACAUCCCUGUCCCGGAUAAGUUUAUCCACAUCUCGGAUAAACUUCCUCCUCCUUCUCCUCAUGUAAAGCUGUCAUCUCUCUCUCCAAACGUCCAGCCUUCCACCACAAGCAACUCUUCUCUGACCUCAUCAAGCUCGUCACUUUCGACGGCCUCUUCAAUCUCUGUGUCAAAGGAAAGAUCUUUCUCUAACGACUUCUUGCGUGCUUGCUACCAAGAGAAUUCACACGUUGCUCGGAUCAGUUCCCUACGAGAAUCUUCUCUUUCUCUGAAAAACGGGCAUCCUAACCGGUGUAAUUCCCCGGUUAAGCCAAACCGGUAUUCAACAACACCAAACAGAGCUAAUGCAACCCCGGAAAGAGGAACAUAUGGUUCUAAGAGAACCCGAGAGCCAUCUCCUAACCACCGUGCGUUGACGCGACAAAAGAGCUUUCGUAAAGAUCAAGAAAGUGUUAUCAUGUCUUCAUCAAGUUCUUCUUUAACCAAGGGGAAGUUCUUGAAGUCACCAUCUCCAAGCAGGAGAUUUGAAGGUAGUUUCUUGAAAUCGCCAUCUCCUAGCAGGAGAUUUGGUGUGAGGGAGGGAGACUUUAAGGUAACUUCACUUUCUACUAGUUUAAGGAAAGAUAGCUUAGAUCUUUCUCGUUACAAGACUUUUCCUAAGAACAACAGAUCAGAGGCUCGGAUUCAUCGUAUAAGUUCUAAGAUCAACACAACCACUAUCAGAGAAGUAGUUGAAAGCGACAAGGAACCGGUUGUUCCAAUGCUUGAAGAGAUCGGCAACCCGUUGAUUGAUUUGGAUUGCUUCAUCUUUCUGUAAGGAUUCAAUUUAUGUUUUUUUUUUUUUUUUUUGAAGAUGUGUUUGUGUGCACAGUACAGAUAGGUUCUGUAUUUGUUUGAGAUAACUCUGUUUUUUUUUUAACUUCAGGUUUGUGAUGAUCAACUAGAUCAAAAAGUCUAAUACAGUACUUUUGUUUUGAAUUUUACUUCUUUUUGUAUGCAUUUGAAAUAGUCUGGACUGGAUCCAGCUGAAGGAGCUUAUUAUUGUAAUGCCCUUUUUUAA